AUGUCAUCUUCCGCUGCCCAAAACCAACUUGACUAAAACUCACUUGACCACUCACUGACCUAAAACACCAUAGCUGACACUCAAGGAUAGACUCAAAGCUCAAAACUCUCCACCAAUUCACAAAGUUUUAAGCCAUCUAACCAUACUGAUGCUCAAUUCACUCCUUCCAAGGGCCAUACUCUCCAAACCAACUGGAAAUUCUGGUACUUUUAGAGAUUCUUCAGCCAAAACAAAGAUGCUAAUAAUCAGACACUUAGCUCUCCUGAGUAGACUUAACCAGUACCCAAAUAAAAUAAAUUCUAGGACUACAGAGAAAAGCUGAAGGACAUGGGAUAGAUCUCAACGGUUGAACAAUUCUUCUAGUACUUUGUGUACAUGAAAAAGCCCUCAGAGAUGCCAAGAGAGAUUGAUCUCUUCUUCUUUAGAGAAAAUGAAAUUCCCAUGUGGGAGUCGCCAAAUGGAGGAAUCUGGAUUACCAAGAUUAAAAAGGAGGAUAAUAUUGAUAAGAUGUGGGAAACUCUCCUUCUGGCUUUGAUCAGUAUGAUUACCCUCUAAGUUAAUUUGCUAAAUAUAGGUGAACAAUUUGAGGAGCCAAAAGUAAUUGGACUUGGUCUCUCGCUGAGAACAAAAGAAAGACUCAUUGAGAUCUGGAUAAAGGAUGGCAGGAAUGAGAAAGUUAGAACAAAUGUCUCUAACAAGCUCAGACAAUUCCUCGGUCUUGAUCCAGACAGUGUCACUCUUUACUACAAAGAGCACUAGAAAUCCAUCAAGGAUCAAUCAACCAUGAAAAAUGCUGAAGGCUUCAAAUUCAUGAAAGCUGAUCAAGUUGAUAAGCGAUCUCGCAUGAAUAACAACAGCAUUAGCUACACUAACACCAAUCCACAGCAUAAGAAUUGGGGCAACAACAAUGGGAAUAACCAUCAUCACGAUAGCAACAAUCACUACUCAAACGGCAAUGGUAAUGGUGCUUACAGGAAGAAAUCUAAUCAAAAUGGUGGCGGUAACAACAAUCAAUCCACUCAAAAUGAUAAGCCUUUCUCUCAUCUUGGAGCAAACUAUCACGGUGAUGAUAACCAAAGAGUUUACAGGGUAAAAGCCCCAAGCCAUGUCUGA